GUGUGCGCAGGGGGCAGCGGCCCGGAGCGGGGUGCUGGGGCCGCGGCUGGAGGAUGGGGGUGGCCGGCGGCGCGGGCUGCUGAGCGGCGAGGAGCCACUCUGCCGCCUCCCCCCGUCCCCGCCCGGCCAGCGCCGCGCUCCCCGCCAGCAUGAACCGGCUCGGCCCCGGCCCCGUGGGCAGCGCCACCGCCGCCUCCGCCGCCGGCCAGUACCGGGUGUGCGGCAAUUGCCGGAAGGUGCCGAGACAGGAAAAAAGAGUGCAAGUCUCCCCACCAUUGACAAGAGGACCAAGUGCCUUUAUACCAGAGAAUGAAGUUAUGCAAGCAAAUGGUUUGGAUGAACGUACUAAUCUUCUUGUGGAAGAAUACUCAACAUCUGGUCGCCUGGACAACAUCACACAGGUCAUGAGUAUCCAUACUCAGUACCUGGAGUCUUUCCUCCGCAGCCAGUUCUAUAUGCUGCGCAUGGAUGGGCCCCUUCCUUUGCCCUAUAGGCACUACAUUGCUAUAAUGGCUGCUGCCAGACAUCAGUGUUCCUACCUAAUAAAUAUGCACGUUGAUGAGUUUUUGAAGACUGGCGGGAUUGCAGAGUGGUUGAAUGGUUUAGAAUACAUUCCCCAAAGACUGAAAAAUCUGAAUGAAAUAAACAAACUCCUUGCACACCGGCCCUGGCUAAUCACAAAGGAGCACAUUCAGAAACUUGUCAAGACUGGGGAAAAUAAUUGGUCUCUUCCUGAACUGGUGCAUGCUGUUGUCCUGUUGGCACAUUAUCAUGCCUUGGCAAGUUUUGUAUUUGGUAGUGGCAUUAAUCCAGAGAGAGAUCCGGAUACAUCUAAUGGAGUCAGACUUAUAGCAGUCAACAACUUCUGUGUCUGUGAUCUUGCCAAUGACAACAACAUAGAAAAUGCAUCCCUCACAAGUAGCAACUUUGGGAAUGUCAUGGUGUUUUUGCAGAUCACAGAUUCUUUAAGUGAGCUGGAGGCCUUAAUGGAAAGGAUGAAGAGGCUACAAGAAGAUAAAGAGGAUGAAGAAGCCUCUCAGGAAGAAAUGGCAACUCGCUUUGAAAAGGAGAAGAAGGAGAGUCUGCUAGUAAUUAGUGGAGCAUUUGAUGAUGAAAUAGUUUCUACAGAUGUCUCCCGCUAUAUUGAAGAUCCUGGGUUUGGGUACAAAGACUUUGCAAGGCGAGGAGAAGACCAUCUGCCAACAUUCAGAGCUCAGGACUAUACCUGGGAAAAUCAUGGCUUUUCCCUUGUAAACAGGCUUUAUUCUGAUAUUGGGCAUCUCCUUGAUGAGAAGUUUCGGAUGGUAUAUAACCUCACAUAUAACACUAUGGCAACGCAUGAAGAUGUUGAUACAACUACGCUAAGAAGAGCUUUAUUUAACUAUGUCCACUGUAUGUAUGGAAUCAGGUAUGAUGACUAUGAUUAUGGAGAAGUUAAUCAAUUACUUGAACGCAGCCUGAAGGUUUACAUAAAGACAGUGACCUGCUACCCAGAGAGAACUACCAAGCGCAUGUACGAUAGUUACUGGCGUCAGUUCAAGCACUCGGAGAAGGUUCAUGUCAAUCUACUUCUAAUGGAAGCUCGUAUGCAAGCCGAACUUCUGUAUGCCCUUCGUGCCAUAACUCGUCACUUAACCUGAAGCAUUCGCUGGGCAGGAGUAAAGGAGUUUUUACUGAGUAUGUAAAGACCUUUCAAAAUAGAUACACACCAGAAGCUGUUUGUGAUGUAGCAUCAGGUUAUUCAAUUCUCUAGUGUCAAAGUUUAGCCGUGCUUCUUGACGGCUGUAAUGUGCAAUGACGUGUUUUAUUUUCUUGAUGCUUAACAUUACUAAUGAUAACAAAAGUAACACUGAGGAGCACUACUCUGCAUUGUUUCCGGCUGGAUUUCUGCACAAUGGUCAGGAUCCUGAAACUGUUUUUAUUAUAUCCAAUCCUAGCGCUUUGUUCUUUAAGCACUGGAGUGAAGUGCUUAAAACUUCUUUUUCCAAGCAAUCAUUUUUCAGAUUAGUGGAGUCCAGCAGAAGGUUGGUUUUGCCUGUCCUGAGAACAUACCACCAUGUCGUGACUUGUGACAGAGACGCGCAGGCUGCGUUGCAUUGAAUUGCCCACUGGAUUCUUCUGUGUCUCCUGGAAACUGCUUGCCAGUCACUGUCUUACUACAGCAAUUGAAGGUGGUGUGAGAUGUGAAUGCAAACAUUGAGCACACUUUAAUGUGAAGUUAAUCAUGAUAAACCCUACGGCAUGCUACUGAAGUGCAAAAUUCAUCUGCUUUGUUGUGCCCCUUCCCAAGAGAAGAGGCCUCACGAUUUGCCAUUUCAGCCACAUUUACUGUGUUUCAGUCAUGCACAAUCUUGUUGUACUGACAGUCACCCUCAGUUGUCCUCACAAUAUCCAUGCUCAUCACAUGUUGCUAUAUGUUUAGUUGGCACCUAUAAAGUUAAUACACAGGCUGACCAAAAAUAGGGUUGUGGGUUUUUUUGCACUCUCUUCUUUCUCAGUGUUUUGACUAAGGAAAGUAAAGGAAGGCUAGCAUAUCUGUUCUUUCAUAUUGGAUGUAUAGAAAUUUAUUUCCCAUAACUUUUUCAUAGCAUGAAAUUUUAAUAUUCAAAGUUUAAAAAGUUUCUAUGCAUUAGUGUGAGUGAACAAAAGAAAAGUGCAAUAUUUAAAAAGAAAGCAAGCUUUUUUCCCUAUCAUGCCACUGCUAAAGUGUCCUUCUUAUAUAGCCAUAAAGAAAUUUCAAAACCAAAUUUCUUUAUUGUCUAAGGCCUAGCAGUUUUGUUUUAGCUUUUACGGCUUGAGACAACCUGAUACUGAGAUGCCAAAGCAUCCCCAAAACAAAGCAUUCUUGGACAACUGGUAAUAUUGGGGAAGGGAAGAAAUAAGCUGCCAAAAAUGUCACACUUUUGUGCUGUUUUCUGUUGCUUUUGACUAAUUUUUAAGAGCACAAAAUGUUGAUAUUUAUAGCUUUAUUUUGUAUUGCAUUUAAUGAACCAGUGAAGUGCCUAAAGAGAUGCUUAAACUUACCCAGUAGGAUGCAAGUUGUCACUGCUUCAACUUUGUCCGUUGGUUUGGACUUUCCAUAUUUCGUUGAGGAGGGUGACCUUUAUUUCUGUUGCAUACAUUCAAAACUAACUGGAUAGGUUUAUUUUUAAUGUUCCAUUGGAUUGUAGAAGUUGAUACAGCAUUUUUUUUCAUUGGUGAUUGGAGAAUAGUUUUAUAAAAGAUACUGUCAGUCAUAUCUUAACACUUUCCAUUGACAAAAUCAUGGACCAGUACGCUACUAAAGUUAGUUUUCUCUUUUCUUCCCUUUUCCUGAUACCUUGCUGUGACUUCGCAUGUUGUUUUUUUCGCUUUAAUUGGAAAGCUAAAUGAUUGUACACUUUUCUGCACUUUCAAACUGCAGACCCUGCAUGUGAAAACCCUUUGAGGAAGAAACCAGUAAUAUUUUUUUUUAAUGUAACGUUGGCUGUUUAGAAGAAUACCCAAUAGACAGCAUUGGACUCUCUUCUAGAGAGAGCAUUGGGUAAAACAUCAGAUUUAUUUAUCUUGUGUAGCUAACUGCAAAGAUUUCUCAGAAGCAUUGAGAUGCUCUAUGUAUGAACUUAGGUUAACUUAACUUUCUGAGUUGUAAUGAUACUUUUUCCUCCCUCUUGUGGCUGUAGUGGCCAUACCUGAUGGCUUUUGUGCAUAAAACAGUUCUGCUGAGAGAAGUUUUCAUGCAAUACUUUUGCUUUUUUCAAGUGAUGGGAACUGUACAGUACUACUUCAAAUUCCUUUGCUUUGAAAAGUCAAGUAGUUCUCAAGAAGCACGGUUGAGCUCUGGAAAGGAGAUGAAACUAGAUUCAGGUAACUUAACACAACGGCUUAGUUUCCCUUCAGAAGUGCAAGACUUUUAAGGUAGGUUGAGUUUUAUGUUUGGAAACAUGAGUGCCUUUACUUCUUUCCGUAUGAAAUAUACUUGCCAGCUCAAAUGCCUUCUGAGCAAAGUACGUGAGCAGAUUUGAAAUACAGAAACCAUAAAUGGAUUGCUUCAUAAAAUUUGUAGUAAGCCAGUGAUUUCUUUUUUUUAACGUGCCAUAUCAAGUCACAUAUGGCCUGGAAGACAUUCCACAGUAGGAAAUGUCAUUGUAAACUGGUUUGCAAUUCCUCUGUUUUUUUCAAUAUUAAAUGCAAACUUGAAACUUCUGGAAAUUUUUUCCACAUGGCUUUUUUUUUUCCCCAAAGUAUUGCAUUUACAGUGUAACAAUUUAUAUAUAGCCUGGGUUUUAUACUCAAAUUUAUGAUUUUUGAUAGGUGUUUGUUCAGAAUAGGUAUUUAAAGUCAGACAACUCUACCAUACACUUUAUGCACGUUUUAGGCUCCCACUGUGCCAAAUUUUAAUGUGCAAGUGUUCUUGGAUUUUUUUGCAUUUUUAAAGCACUCAUGAAUGUGAAUUUUCACACUUUAUUCGUUAUUCUUAAGAGCACUGUAAUCAUUGGAAGUGUAGGUACUCUCCCUCUGUGUUCCUUUGUUGGAAUUGAUAUUUGCCAGCAUUAAUGUUAGCCCACAAAAUCCCAGCUGUGACCAACAUAAAAACAAAGUGUACGGUCUCCUGUCUGCUGAAGAGGAAACUUGGUAGGCACAAAUUAACCAGCUAGCACAGGGAAUGCUGCAAGUAGGGAACAGAGCUUUUGAGCAUGGACAGCUUCUUGUCAUUGCAGAAUUGCUUCAAGAUGUGUAUUGCAAUAGAGUACAUUCUUGCUGAAAUUCCUCCAUUUUUUGGGUAAUGCAGUGAAGAAAUGCUGAUUGGAGAAAGCAUUUGCAUUUCCCAGAACACUCUGCCUGCAGCCGAACGUUACAAGAGUGCCAUCAUACAGGAACAGAAACCAUUUUAAACUAGGGCAGGGUUUGUGCAGAUAACUACUAAAGCUAGCAUUGUGGUAUCGUAUGAGAAUUUUGGUGAGCUGGAGAUGAGUUUAUUUUCAUCAAGACUGAACUGAAACAUACAUUCUUUCUCCUAAAGCCUUCACUAAAAUGAAAAGGAUGUAUCUUCAGACUUAAGAGUCACAGAAUUGCCACUGUCAGCUCUUCCUAUGUAUUAAAAAAGCCUUAAGGACAGAUAAAUCGGUGAUUGUAAACAGUUACAAAUGUAGAUCUCUAUAAAUUUAGAACAGAUCAGAACAAAAAGGAAAACAUUUUGCUUCUCUGUUACUUGAGUGCAGAAGGUCAAAGCACCAAAUUCUUCAAAAGUAUUUUUGUUCGUAGUGAUGCUGAUAGGUGUUUUCAUAGGAUUUGGAAAAAGCAGCUAGUUACCUAAAUUUCAGUGGGAAUUUAAGCACCUAGGCAUUUAGCAUAAAACCUACAAGGUGCCCACUUGCAUUUUUGAGUCAGAUUUUUAAAGAUACUUAGUUGCCUAAAUUCCAUAGAAUAAAAUCAGUUUCCAUAGAGAUUAAAGGAGUAAUGUGUGGCAGAUCCAUGUGAUUUGCAGCGAUUGUUAGUGAAGUGGGUUGUUCUGGGGGCUUAAUGUAGGCUUAGAGAAACCUCUCCCAAAGCAGUUAAACUGUAAGUUGCUACUCUUGCAGAACAGGUUCUCGAUGUUUCUCUUGCAUGUAUGUUUUCCAUGAACAUAGGCAUGCAUUUCAGGCUCAUGUUCCAGAGUUUGGACUCCCUUUUAGAAGAACUGGAUUAUUUAACCUCUACUUGCAGAGAUUUAUUGGCAGUAGCGAGUGGAUAGCUUGUGGCUGAACUAAAAAGUUUUGGCCAGAAAGAAAUAUUCCAGAUCUUCUUGAUUUCAAGUGAUGUUCUUUCAGUUACUUUCCUUAGAGGUUUGGAUCCUCCUCCCGUAAAUAAGGGGUGAUGUUGCACAAAAGGAAGGCAAAGGAGAUGGAUUCAUUGUAAAUGAACUUUCUCGGAGCUGAUCUGAACAUAAAGAUGUAGGAAUUGGUUUGCCGUUAGCAGUCAUUCCAAGAGCUGGAUGAAAAUGUCAGUUACUAUCUGAACUUCAGAUUUAUCCUCCCUAAUGUCCCCCAACACUAUGUUUGUCUGAAGAGAUGCAUCCACCAGCUUUUCCACAUUUGGGAAUCGUAAAUGAAAAUUUUUAUCUCCAAAUGAAUUUAACAUUUCAUACCUGCUGCAUAGAUCACAGGUGUGGGAGAUGGAGAGAGCACAGUAGUAUGAGGAAACUUUAGGAGCAUCUUGAUCAGUGUUAACUUGUCCCUUAGAGCACGUCCUAGCAUGCGGUCAUGCUGCUGUUCCCCCAACACACAUAGGUCUCUCUUGCAAACAUUUAAUCCUGCUGGGGCAGUGACCAGAGGCAAAAAUGGUCAUUUUCCAACCACCACCACCCUGCAUCAAGUGCUUCCUAUCUUCUCAACUCACAACCCCUAGCAGUCAUGCAUGGAGAACCUCCUAGCCUUAACCUUGUGAAACAGUGCUAGGUUCCUGUAUCACCAUUUGCUGUUGAGUUCAGAGGGUCAGAAACACUUAAUUGCCAUUUUAGGUUAUUUCUGGACAGGAAAAUUCUACGUUUUCGUUCGUGAGGAUGACACUCAGUACUUGCUUACAUUUAGGUAGCAUUUGCCAGUAGCGUGUCAGAUCCCAUCUCUGGAGUUGGAGUAAUAAUCCAGUGGAUCCACUAAGGAAAGCCUUUCUUUGGCAAAACUCCCCAUGCUUGAGCUGUUCAGCCAUGCAGCAUGGUUUCUUUGAGGGACAUCUAAUGGGGGAUUUGAGGUCCUCUUGUGCCAGGCAGCCUUACAGGGUUGUUGGGUUGGCAGCUUCUCGGGUUCCUUGUAGCCGGGCAGACAGUGACCAGCCUCUGGAACAAGUGGAUUUGGGUUUUUCACUUAUCUGUGGGAUAAAUCCAAACAUGUGGCAUGGAGUGGCUGCGGAGACAUAGGCAGGGUUGGAUGUUCUCACGGGUACCAAGUGUCAUCAGGGCUCGUGGAAAACAGAAAUCUGAAUUCUGCUGUCAUUCCUGAUGGUAGUUAGAGGUGGUACUGAAGAUACCCAUUAAUAUACUAAUUGCGGGGAGCAAGCCACACUGUCGGCGUUAGAAGGUGCAGACCACAGGUGCUCUCGAGGGGACACAACUAGCACAGGAGGAGUUGAUACGUUGGUCGGUUGGUCAGAAACUUCACUGAUGUGUCUGAGAGGUUCUUGUGUAUGUCUGCGCCUAGGGGACAUGGUGGAGACACCUCCUUACCAGGUGUCCAGAGGGCUUCUGUAGCUGGGCAAGAGCUGGGACCCUUCCUGGGAACUGUUCGCUUCUGCCCGAGAAGAACGUGCCGCUGUGCAAUUACAUUUUCUUGUUCCCAUCAGCCCUUUGAAGGUAGUUUUGAGACGAAGUGGGUGAAUCGCCAAGCAUUGUGUCUCCAGCUGAGGGGUCUGGGGGGGCAGCGACAGCAGCAGAUCCAAAGGCGCGUGGUCCAGAACUGUUCCUCGUUGCCCACUUCAUGCUCAUAUUGUGCCACCAGACCCAGACCUCUUCCUGCCAGCCCGGCUGCCGCGUGCUCAGGGUGGCAGGGAUGCGGCUGCUUUUAGGGGAAUAAUAAUUAGGCUACGGCUCUUGGACUCCGCAAGGCGACACAGUCGGAAAUCUUUUCACGGCUGUGACUGGAACUGGAUAUAAACUGUAGCUUAAAAAAAUAGAAAUUUUGUAAACUUGAAAUCUCUCAGUUUUACCCUUUCCUCCUUUUGCUGGAAAGCCACACAAUGAAUGUAUAUGCUUUAUCCUUCUAUCCGACAUAACUGAAAAUCAGACUGCCAACUCCUUGUUUCGUAUUAGCCUUUUUUUAAAAAAAAAAAAAAGAAACGUUUGUGAGCAAUAUAUGUAGCAUGCUGUGAACGUCUGUUUUGAUCUUUAUAGUUACUCUUUAAUCCAUCAGUAUUAACACCAGUUCUUUUUUGUGUUCCCCUUGGUACUUCGUAUGCAGUGUAAGCAGAAGCUGUGAUCGGCUUUGCAGUCCUGUGCCGUGUUACUGUAACUCCUUGAUUUUUUAGGGAGCACCUGACUGUGGGCCACCCUGGGGCAGGCAGCGUGCCCGUACACAACUGCCACUUUUCAGUCUCUUGUACUAUGUAUAGUUUUAAGUAGAAUAAGCUUUUUAACAGAAAUAUUGAUGCGGUUUAUGAGUCACGCAGGCUGCAAGUGUCUGGUGUGUGAGAGUCUUUGUAUUUAUAGUUGUUGGGGUUUGGUUUUUUGUUUUGUUGUUUGGGUUUUUUUUUUAAUUUUUUAAUUCAUAAAGUAGCAAACUUGAUAAACAUAGCCACUUUAAACUGCUCUUGCUAAACAGACCCUGCUGUAGAUGAAAUACCACUGUAGAUACAGGGAGGUGCACCCGCAGACCUCUCCUGACCAUGGGUGAGCUGAGCCCCCUCUCUGCAAAAAGCACGGUCCGAGCUGCACGGCCGCCCUGCGUUUGGCUGCAUUUGGACCCAGACGCCAGGAAGGCCGGGAUCUGGCGUGGGUUUCAGCCCCCCCGUGCCCAUAAGCCUGCCACUGGCUGGUGCACAGGGCAGACGUGAGCCUUGCCAGCGUGCGAGGGAUGGACGGACCAGCUGCUGGACCAGAAACAUGGGCACAGCAUUUCUGCAGCUGAAAAGCUUCCAAGCCUCUGUUGAGUGCAAAAAUUAGCCCUUGAUUUGCUGUCUGCAGGGCCCGGCACAUUGGGGGUAAGAAGUGGCGUCGGCUCCCCGUUGGCAGCUGUGGGUCUGAGCCCCCUUGGCAGCAGGCAGGGCAGGGCAGUGCCCAGGAAAGGUGGCGUUUUGUCACAUCUCCCACCUCUCACCCUCUGGCCAGCGGGUAAAUUGUACCCAGCCCCAGGCCGGCAGCUGUCAGCUUCUUGCCUCCUGCCGCCCUGGCCGCACGGGUGGUCAGGGGUGGAAGAUUAAGGACAAAGCUCUGAUUCUGCUGCUCCAUCCCACCACCACAAAGCGGGGAAGCAUGGUAGCUCUGUGGGUCCCAUGGUCCCUACAGCAUCCCUACAGGCGGGUGGCACAUCACCUGUCCUGCCUCCCAGGCCACCACCUGCCCUGAGCUCCAGAGAUAAGCCAUGGGUUCCAUGCUUUCGCAGGAGGCUUGCCUGCAAGGUGAGGCAGCUGCUAGGAGCUUACUGUGGGUUUCCACAGCAGCUUUUAUCAUUUAUUUUUUUCUGUUGUUGCUGGUUGGGUUUUGUUUGGGUUUUUUCAAUUUUUUUUUUUGUUGGGUUUUGUUGUUUGUUUUUUUUGCAGAGGACAGACUGACUAGUGGGAUGGAUUUAUUUUUUUGUGUGUGUGUGACUUUUGUUAGUUUUUAAGUUACCCGACUUGAAUUUAUCUGAACAGAUGCAGAAGGAACUUCUUUUUUUGUGAGUUAAGAGACAAAACGCAUUUUUAAACAAAGGAAUCAUGUAUUAACAUUUUAACAGCAAUUCAUAAAUCUGCACUUUUUAUGAGGUUUUGAAAAAUCUAUUUAUAGGUACGGAACAAUGGGGUUUGUUUAAAACUGUAUCACAUUUAUACUUGCUGAAAUUACUUUCAUUGUUAUCAGUAGGAAUUUCAUUGGUUAAAUAAAAUGGAUAAAACCUG